CAGAGGUAGCUGCGGUGGUUCUCUCUCUCCCGGAGCAUACAUAGCCCGCUGGGAAGGAAGUGGUCAGCUUUUUUUCUCAUAGCACAGGAGCAUAGGCGAGGACAGCCAUGGCUGACAAAAUCCUGAAGGGAAAACGGAAGAAGUUUGUUCACUCGGUCGGCACAGGUACUCUAAAUGGUCUGCUGGAUGAAUUGCUGCAGAAGCAAGUGCUGAACCAGGAGGAGAUGCAGAUUAUAAAAUAUCAGUGCGUAACAAUUAUGGAAAAGGCCCGAGCGCUGGUGGACGGCAUCAUCCAUAAAGGGCCCCAGGCCUGCCAGAUCUGUAUUGAUGUUGUUUGUGAGGAAGACUACUACCUUGCUAGAACACUGGGGCUCUUCUCAGCUUCUCAGGAAGUACAGGACAAUCAACUUAUGCCCAUGUCCUCAGGACGAGGAGGAGGUCUGAAGCUUUGCACCCUGGAAAUGGCUCAGAAUAUAUGGAGAGAAAAUUCAGCAGAGAUUUAUCCAAUAAUGAAUCAGUUGACCCGCACGCGUCUUGCCCUCAUUAUCUGCAACACAGAGUUCGACAGUCUUCCCAAAAGGACUGGAGCUGAAGCUGAUAUCAGAAAUAUGAAAACACUUCUAGAAGGCCUGGGAUACCAAGUGAUUGUGAGAGAAAAUCUCACGGCUUUGGAAAUGGCCACAGAGGUGAAGGCGUUUGCAGCCAACCCCCAGCACAAGACCUCUGACAGCACUUUUCUGGUCUUCAUGUCUCAUGGUAUUCUGGAUGGUAUUUGUGGAAAGAAACACUCUGCAGAAGAAAAUGAUGUGUUGCAAAUGAGCAACAUCUUUGCAAUGUUGAACACUAGCAACUGUUCAAGUUUGAAGGACAAACCCAAGGUUAUCAUCAUCCAAGCCUGCCUUGUAGAGAAGAAAAGCACAGAGUGUGUAAAGGAUGAAGCAGGAGACCCUUCAAACAUAUUCUUGACUCCAGAAGGUUUGGAGUUUGAUGGUAUUAUGAGAGUCCACAUAGAGAAGGAUUUUAUUGCUUUCUGCUCUUCAACACCAGAUGACUUUUCUCUGCGACCUCCUGAAAACGGCUCUCUUUUUAUUACAAAACUCACUGAAAUUAUGCAAGAAUAUGCCUGUUGCUGUGACCUGCAGGAAAUUUUCCAAAAGGUUCAACUUGCACUUGAUACGUCAGAGCCUAUGGCACAGACACCCGUGAAAGAACGCGUGACUUUGACGAAGCACUUCUAUCUCUUCCCAGGACACUAAAGUACCUAAAUUGUAUCAGUAUCUAUGGGUAGAUUUCUGUAUGUGCAGAGAGAGGAAGAAGGAAUUGAAGUUA